GUCCGAGUCCCGUCUCACUGCUCGCUUCAGCGACAUCGCCCCCCACCGGCCCUGCACCUCGCGCCUGCCCACCCUCCUGGCUAGAACUCACACCUAGAAUCGCACACGAUGUCCUCCUUCUUCGGCCUCGGCAAGACGCGCACGUUCAAGCCGCGCAAGGACGUCCCGGAGGGCACCAAGCAGUACCAACUGCGCAAGUACGCCGAGGCGACCCUCGGCUCAGGCAACCUCCGCCUCGCGGUGCAGCUCCCGGAGGGCGAGGACCUGAACGAGUGGCUCGCGGUGCACGCGGUCGACUUCUUCAACCACCUGAACAUGCUCUACGGGACCGUGACGGAAUUCUGCACGCCACAGGAGUGCCCGAUCAUGUCUGCCGGCCCAAGAUACGAGUACCUCUGGGAAGACGGCGUGCGAUACAAGCGGCCAACGAAGCUGCCUGCGCCGGAAUACGUCGAUGCACUGAUGAACUGGGCGCAGGGUCUCCUGGACAACGAGGACGUCUUCCCGAACAGGAUCGGUGUACCGUUCCCCAAGAACUUCCGUGACACGAUCCGGACCAUAUUCCGGCGAAUGUUCAGGGUGUAUGCACACCUCUACAGCAACCAUUUCGACCACAUAUGCGCGCUCGGUAUCGAAGCGCAUUUGAAUACCAGCUACCGCCACUUCUUCCUGUUUGUACACGAGUUUGACCUGGUGGAUAAGAAGGAGCUUGCUCCGCUAGACGAGCUGAAUGACGCGAUCCUCGCUGAAGACAAGACGAGAUAGCCGGCGGGCUGUGCGCGGGAGUGCACGUUGGUCGGCGUGUGCAGUCAGUCGGAGGCAGUAGCCGGAUGGAGGUGAGACGGAGGCACGGGUCCGCCGUCGGAUUUACAGCGCAGGUGUACUAUGUGAGCGACGGUGGCGUGGAUGCGGGAAUGCUGAUACCCCUCGAUGUAUUUUUGUUGUUGAUGAACGAUGUAUCCCGACGGCCGCAAGCAGGCGGAGAGGAGUUGAAACUUGAG